AUGAAAAACAGCCUCAGCGCUUCUCGUGGCUCGGAUCCUCGGCCCGGGCUCCGGUCCCGGGGAGAAGAGGCCACCGGUGCUCGGAGCGCAGGCGGCGGGCGCGGGGCGCACGCGGCGCGGAAGGCGGCGGCGGAGCAGCGCGGGGACGCAGCGAGGAACCGGGACACUCGCCUCGGCGCAGCUGCAGAGGCGCGUCUGGCUUGGACAGCUCUCGGCCGGCUUUUUAUAUUGAACCCCUAUAGCGUGGGGGUAAACAGCUCCAACUUUAUUCCAGCCCCAGACAAUGUUAUUGUGUUAUUAGUCACCGCCAGGGGCGGGCUCACAGAAACAAAAUACCCAUUAGAGACCUUUGGUAAACCUGCCCGUGCGGCGCUGCAGUCUGCUUCCCCUUGUGCGAGCUGCCAGCCCGGGAGUCCAAGAAUCAGAAGAGGGACUACAGCAGAAGUCAUACCAUUGAGCCCUGGCGGUGCCCACGGGGCAGCCGCCGCGCAGGUAACAGCACGCCUUGCUGAAGAAGGCGAAGCGCCCACGUCGGACGCCGCCCCUUUCAAGGGGCUCCAUUUUCCAGGUGAGAAAACGGAGGCACCCAACAGAAGCCAGCGCGCCACCAGGCUUCUCAGAGGGCGCCCCCAGGGAGACCUGCGUGGGUCCAGGCAGUCUUCUUCUCCAGCGCCUCCCCAGCACCCGGGGCCCCGCGGGACACACUUCCUCCGUGUCCUCAUCUCGUUCCACUCCUUUUCUCCCUGGCGCGGCAGCCCGCGCGGGCCCGUUUCCAGGGGUCUCUCUACCCAGGAGGGUCCCCCGGGGCCACCGCCUCACCACCUAAAAGUCCAGGUUUCCUCCCCGCACCCAGGCCCUCCCUGGAGUCAGACGCAGGCCGCCAAGCCACAGCAGCGGGUUCAGGCUCCUAAUGCGCUCUGGUGCUGCCACCCAAUCCCCGGGGACCCGGACCUGGGGCGCUCGGCCUCAGCCCAGCCCACUGCCGGCUUCGACUGGACGCAGUACCUGGGGAAGGAGACACGAGGGGACCUGAUGUCAUGUGCACGAGACCCAGGCCUCCCUCCACUGCCCACCCUGAAGACCCACCUGGCCGGGGGGCUCCUCCCCGGAAACGGCCACCCGCCGUCCCCAGGAUCCCGGGGACCCGGGUCCUGCCUAGGCUGCCCUCCUGCUGGGGCGCCCGCCUCGCCCCCACCUGGCCGAGGCCGCCCCUGCAGGUGCCAGCGGCGGCACCGGCGCCCAAGUAGAGAAGAGUGGGAGGAAACCUGCCCGCGCGCUCCCCUCUCGGGCUGUCCGUGUCAUCCCUUGACUCUAUUGGAUUUGAAAUCACAAAAUGCGGGCCGCGAUCCGCCACCAGCCGGGCCUCCCGCAGCUAGGUGAAAUUAGGCAGGACCUCAGAUUCGGGAGGGCCACCUGGCUCCCAGGAGAACGUCGCCCGCCUCGCUUGAACCCCCGAGCGCCCUAGACGCGGGCGCGAGUGCUCCUGCGUGCGUGGAUUUCAUGUCUCUCUGGGCGCGCGCGUUGGGGAGAGGGGCGUCAGUCUUGCUCUCGGGUUUCAGCCUCCUUCUCCUCCUCGGAGAGGAAGAAGAAACCCCGCGCAAGCCCAGGGAAGGCGGCUCCGGCCUCCCAGCCAGCAAGUUCCCCAAGAAUCAAGGGACAGGGGGUAGAACCCCAGCAAACCCGUUUUACCAGUUGGGGGAUCCCACUCUUCCCUGAGCUUCAGGCCUUGCUGGAGACGGAGGUAGGAGAAGGGGAGGUGAAAUGAGCCGGACAGAGGACCAGGUGCUCUGGUUUGAUGGCCAAGGAGGUGCCUGCACAGCCCCCAGCCCCAGCCCUCAAAGCGGCAGAGAGGUCACCCCCAGGGGAAGCGGGACUGGAAGGAGUGGAGAUGGUGUCUUUCCUGCAGCAGAACGGUUCUCUGUAACUCUUUUGCUUUUAUGUUACACUUGCAUGCUGGAAACGGGUUGAUAAAGCUGCUUUUUAUGUAUUUCUUCCUGUAUCUCUAUGUAUUAAUAGAUAUCUAUAAAUAAAGCAGCCUGAGUCCCAAAUACAGAUGCUACACAGUAGCAGAGUGUACUGCCUUUAGCACUCUUUCCUUUGCUCUCUCUCAACUUGUGCGUAAGAAAACUUGCAGCUUUGCCAAGCUGAGGGAUUUGGUAAGAGAUGUUGCAUUUAGCUCAGUGAGGACCGUAGGCAUUAGAUUGCCGGGCAAUAGCACAGAAAGGGGCACUUGGUUGCUGUAGGCAAGGGUAAGGCCUGGUCCCAGCCCUGCUGGUGACUGUCUUCCAUCCUCCUGUAUGUCACGCUCUUGUGAAAAAUCGUGCAGUACUGUCGUGAUGCCUGUGACACGUUGCACACCUCCAAGAGUGCUGAACAAACAUAGCUUUUCCCUGGGGUUCACAAAGAAAUGGUUGAUUCAGGGCAGGAAAUACAAUGACAGUGACAGUAAAAGCAUUGCCUGCGUUUCAGAAACCUAAUCUAUGCAACCCUAUUUCCUUGACACGUACCCAUAGGAUGAAAUCAGACAGGGAGUGUUUGGUUUAAAAGAAUAUAUCCAGUUCUUUAACCUAGCAUUCCUCAAAGCUCAGUCAUUCGUAACUUUGUAACUGUUGCCACAUUU